UGUGUUUACAGAAUCUGCCGUCACGGCGCCACGUCGCUUUUUCAGUGCAAAAUAUUUACGUCAACAAAAAUAGAAGGUUUUGUUGCUGCAGUAUUUUGUGUAUAUGUUACUUAACCAGUGUAAAUAAGACGCAAAGGUCGGUACUGGUGGGGACGCAGGCCAUGGAGAUGAACCGAAUGGAGUCGGAUGGGUUCGUGCUGCACACGGAGAGCACGGCCAGCAAGGAGCUGAUCGACUUCGACCAGGGCAUCCUGCCGCCGGAGCCGCAGCUGGGCAAUGUGGAGUACAAACUGAAGCUGAUCAACCCGUCGCAGAUGCGCUUCGAGCACCUGGUCACGCAGAUGAAGUGGCGACUGCGUGAGGGCCACGGCGAGGCGGUGUACGAGAUCGGCGUGUCGGACGCGGGGAAGUUUCACGGGCUGGACGACGCGGACAUGGACAGUUCGCUGCAGACGCUGACGCAGAUGGCGGACAAGCUGGGCGCCACGACGACGGUGCUGCGCCGCAAGGCGGUGGGCUACAGGCGCUCCGUGACGGAAGUGCUGGUGCGGAAGAUCCCAGACGAUCAGCACAACAUCGAGGUGCGCGUGGCGGUGCUGGGCGCCGCCGGGGCGGGCAAGAGCACGCUGCUGGGCGUGCUGACGCAGGGCGUGGCGGACAACGGGCGCGGCAAGGCGCGACUGAACAUGUUCAGGCACGUGCACGAGAUCAAGUCGGGCAGGACGUCGUGCAUCAGCCACGAAUCUCUGGGCUUCGACGCCGUGGGCAAUGUGAUAAACACGAACGACAUGAUCACGGCGGAGGAGGUGCGCGACAAGUCCGCCAAGCUAGUCACGUUCAUGGAUCUCGCGGGACACCGCCGGUACCUGAGGACCACCGUCCAGGCGCUCACGGGCUACUCGCCGCACCACGCCAUGUUGGUGGUGAGCUGCGGCAGCACGAUUGGCGGCAUGACGAAGGAGCACCUGGCCAUCGUGAACGCGCUGGAGAUUCCCUUCUUCAUCGUCGUCACGAAGAUCGACAUCACGCCGCCGGACUCGGUGAUCGACGAGCUGCGCUGCAUCCUCACGUCCGUGGGCUAUCGGAAGGUGCCGAUGCUGGUGGACUCGUACGACAGCGUGUUCACGGCCAGCUCGCACCAGCUGUCGGAGAACGUGGUGCCCAUCUUCUGCGUGAGCAACGUCACGGCCGAGUGCCUGAGUCUGCUGCAGCGCUUCCUCUACGUGCUGUCGCCGGGCGUGAGCAACGCCGAGCGCGAGCGCCUCGAGCUGGAGCCCUGCGAGUUCCACAUCGACGAGAUCUUCCGGGUGGAGGGCGUGGGCGUGGUGGUGGGCGGACUGCUGGUCAAGGGCGUCGUCACGGAGGGCACGUCGCUCAAGGUGGGGCCGCUGCCGGACGGCUCCUUCCAGUCCGUCACCGUCGCCACCAUUCAUCGCAACAAGGCGCCGUGUCGGAUGGUGCGCGCCGGCCAGAGCGCGUCGCUCUCCUUCACUGCCAACGGCGAACUGCCCACGCUGCGCAGCGGCAUGGUGCUGGUGUCCACGGACUACGGCUCGGACGCCGAGCCCUUCGGCACGCUGUACUUCCAGGCCAAGGUGUCCGUGCUCUACCACGCCACGUCCAUCUACAAGGGCUUUCAGACGACUGUCCACAUCGGCAGCAUCCGCCAGACCGCCAUCAUCGAAGGCAUCAUGGGUGAUAAGAAGCUGAAGACGAACGACAGCGCCUCCGUGCUGUUCCGCUUCGUGCGCCAGCCCGAGUACGUGCGCGAGGGCAUGCGGAUCCUCUUUCGCGAGGGCUCCAGCAAAGGCAUAGGCGUUGUCACGCAAGUAUUCCCGCUGAAUGUGACUCUCCAGUGAUCACUCCGCAAUGUCUCACUCCGCCAGGACACUAUUUAUUCUUCAAUACUGAGAUUAAUCUAGUUUUUUCGCAACUUGAAUUCGCUCUCAUGCAAAUAAACUUUGAUUCCCCCUCAAAACAA